CCUGGUCUGUCUCCACUCGUGUUCAUGGCGUGUUUUGUUAUAAAGAGCACAUAAAAGGUCAACAGUCGUAGAAGACUCAACAGACCAGUUCACUCUCUUCCUUCUCUCCAUUUCUUAAUCGCCUUCUCUCACACUCUGUCUCUACACGUCCACUAUUUGUAUUCUGUCCAGUAUUUUCCACGACAUCCUCUCUUUUUACGCGACCUGCUCCAUUUAGUACACCUUGAUUGAUCGUACACACUCGCAAUAUCUAUCGCUAGAUUAAAAAAAAACACGCAGCCAUGACCAAGAACGAGGAACCCGUUGUAGAGAUCGAGGCCACUGAGGCCCCUGCUGCCGAGUCCACCUCUAUCACAAAGUCCGAAGAAGAAGAGGAGGAAAUCGAUGUUGAAGCUGGCUACCUUCAGAAGCGCGGCACCAACCCUAUCAACCCCUGGAACAAGCGCUACUUUGCCUUUGGUUCCGAGCCCGUGAACAUUGAGAAUCUCAAGACGGUUCAUAAGCGCAACGAGCGUCGUGUCAAGAAGGUUCCCACUCCUGCCCCCGCGCCGGUGGAAGAUGCGCCAUCGGAGGUCGCUGCAGGAAAAGCUCCUGCCAAGGAUGCUGCUGCUACUACCACUGCUGUUGUUCCUGCCGCUACAUCUGCCCCCGUGAAGACUGUAGAGGAGGUAUACGAGGAGGCCAAUAGGGAUCUGUUGGUGAAUGUCGCACAAGCCAACACGAAGGGUACGGGUCUUCUUUACUAUCACAAGUCCGACGACGAACUGCACCGCCAGAACAUUCUGGGUAUCAUCAACCUCAGGGAUGUCAACUCUGUGGAGCGCGUUGAGAAGUCGUCUAAGAAUAGAUCCUUUGUGGUCAGCACCAAGAAUCGCGAUUACCACUUUUCGGCCGAGUCGCCUCAGAAGGCUAAGGGCUGGGUCAAGGCCAUUAAAGAAAAGUCGGACGAGGCCAAAGCAGAGCCAGACCCAUUUGGCAGCGAACAGUUCCAGGAGGUAUACAAGAAGCUUGUCGCCAGAGAGGCAUUCCAGCACGCUAAAAACUCGGCCAACAUCAUCGCCGACAACGAGAUCAACUCGGACGGCGAGCCCGACGACAUUGAGAUCGAGAACGGAACGCCAAUUGUCAAGAAACGCAAAUCCUACUUUGGUUUCUCUGCCGUCGCCACGAGCCAUGAGAAGAAGAAGGCCGAUGGUGUUACGACUGAGGUCUCGACUGAGAAGAAGCAGGAUUUGACCCAUGUUCAGGAGGGCGAUGUCGACGCCCUGAAGACGCACGAGUCGGAGAACGCGGUCUCGCAUACUACCGACGCCCCAUCCACCCCUCCUGCUGAGGCUCCUAAGUCUCCCAAGGCCAAGAGCGGAGGUUUCAAGCUCUUCGGAAAGAAGGCCCCCAAGGUUGAGGAUCCAGCUCCAGCUCCACCAGCUGAGCACCCCUUGACAGUUGAUGAGGCCAAGACCCAGGCAUUGAAGGCCGUUGAUGACGCAGUCGAGGCUAGCAAGGCCAAGGCUGCUGAAGCCAAGAACGAUGCUCCCGCUACGCCACCCGUACCAGAGAAGAAGCCUGGAUUCCUUGCCGGUCUUUUUGCCAAGAAACCCGCACCUGCACCAGCUCCCGCUCCAGUUCCCAACGAGGAGACCAUUGUCGUGUCAUCCGAGAAGACCUUGUCUGACGUUGUUACCUCUGAAGGCGAGGUGACCUCGCAGUCCUCUGGCGGCUUCUUCUCUCGUGUGACUAAGAGCAAGGACAAGAACGAGGUUGAGGUCAAGUCGGGCGAAGUUUCGUCCGAGGAUGUGAUUAACGCUGAAGGAUCGACACACGUGCAACACAUCGAGGGCACGGACGCCAAUGUUGGAAAGACUGCCGAUGGCGAGCAGAAUGUGGACCUCUCGACCACAGACGAAACCGUUGCCAUUGCGGACAAGGUCGAACGCAAGCCCUCGCUUCUUAAAAGAUUAAGCGGCGCUAUUCGCGCCACUGUUGAAGACGCAGCUCCGAUCGUGAGCGUAGAGGAAACCGUUGUCGAGGCAUCAGCCGAGGAGGAGACAGCGACGGAGGUCGUAGUUGUGGAGACCCAAGUGGCCGAUGCUGCAGCCCCGAUCCCUGUAGAGGCUGCCGCGUAAAGACUUCUACCCCUAAUUGAUUCAGAAAUAUGUAUAUACGAUACCGAUGAGAUGUAAUAAAGCCG